GGCCGCCGCCGCUUGCUGCUGCUGCUUGGGGCGGCCGCUGCCGCCGCUGCCCAAACGCGGAACCUGCAGGCCGGCCGCCUGAUGGGCCCGCCGCCGGCCCCACCUGCAGCUACUUCUGGUCCUGUGGCCGCGGCCGCCGCUUCCUUCCAGGCCUUGCGCGGGCCUCUGCUGUCGGCCGCAGUCCCCGCCACCGCGCCCUCGGCUGGCCGCAGCUACAGCCAGGAUUCUAAUACCUAUCUAGAAGAACUCCCACCACUCCCUGAGUAUGACCUGACUUCAUCCAAGUUAGGAGAAGAGGAAGAGGAUGAUGUAUAUCUCAUUCGUGCCCAAGGAUUGCCUUGGUCCUGUACUGUGGAAGAUGUGCUUAAGUUUUUCUCUGACUGUCGAAUCCGAAAUGGUGAGAAUGGGAUACAUUUCCUCUUAAAUAGAGAUGGAAAACGCAGGGGAGAUGCAUUAGUUGAAAUGGAGUCAGAGCAGGAUGUAAAGAAGGCCUUAGAAAAACACCACCUGUACAUGGGUCAACGCUACGUAGAAGUUUAUGAAAUAAACAAUGAAGAUGUGGAUGCCUUAAUGAAGAGCUUGCAGGCCAAGUCAAACCCCACGAUAAAUGAUGGAGUGGUUCGUUUGAGAGGACUUCCUUAUAGCUGCAACGAGAAGGACAUCGUGGAUUUUUUUGCAGGUCUGAAUAUAAUUGACAUAACAUUUGUCAUGGACCACCGAGGGAGAAGGAAAACAGGGGAAGCCUAUGUGCAGUUUGAAGAACCAGAAAUGGCCAACCAAGCUCUGCUGAAACAUAAGGAAGAAAUUGGGAACCGGUACAUAGAAAUCUUCCCAAGCAGAAGGAAUGAAGUCCGAACACAUGUCGGGUCUCACAAGGGGAAGAAAACGGCGCCUUCUCUGCUCAAGUGUAUGCCUGAGCCUGGACUGAGCUUGGAAGAGAACGACAGGAGUGAGGAGCUUCGUACAAUCACAGCUUUUGAAAGUGAAAAGGAAGGGGAAUUACCCAAGGAAACUCCCGAGAAGACCGUGGAGGCCACUGAUUUUGGAACUAUGCCUUCUCUGCAUUUCGUUCACAUGAGAGGACUCCCUUUCCAAGCGAAUGCUCAAGACAUUAUAAAUUUUUUUGCUCCUCUGAAACCCGUUCGGAUCACCAUGGAAUACAGCUCUAGUGGGAAGGCCACAGGGGAGGCUGAUGUGCACUUCGAGACUCAUGAGGAUGCCGUAGCGGCGAUGGGCAAGGACCGCUCCCACGUGCAGCAUAGGUAUAUUGAGCUGUUCCUGAAUUCUUGUCCAAAAGGAAAAUAGCGUUGCCAGGAACGUCAUUGAAUCCAUAGAACAAGCGGGGAUGCAUCCUUUAUGGAGUGUGACUUCUCAAGACUUCAUUGUGAACAAACAUGCAGGGGGCAACUUGCCUGCUCUGGGUAUGGUCAAUGGACCAGCCACGUGUGGGACAUGAGAUUUUGAGACUUAACCUCUUUUUAAAAAACAUCCUAUUGUAUAAUGAAAACUCCUUUGUAAUAUUGUUUGCCAGAACUCUGGGCUUAAAUUUUAGUCACCAUAUAAAACAUUUUCUACCAAAAUUUCCUCCAACAGCUCUAUAAUUUCCUGAAAGUCAUCUCUAAUAAACAUUAGCAUUUAUCUAGUGGCUCCUUUGUGCCAGGCGCUAUCUCAUUUGAUCCUCACAACAGCCCUGGGUGGGAAGGGAGGGGAGGAGCUACCCACAGUCUUCAGAGUAAUUGAUAAAUGUUUAAGCCAGUGAUGGACAAACUGGCCUGUGGGGCCAGAUGCUGGACCCCUGAAAUGGUGGGUCUCCUAAUGUGACGAAUACAAUGAGUAGGAUACAAUGCAACUUCGAAAGAGUUGCCUUAGAAACAGACUGACAGAUGAGCAUUUCCUUUCCUUUGGCCCCCUCUUUAAAAAGAAGCAGUUUGUAAGAAAUUUGAUAAAGGUUCAAAAUGUUUUUUUU